CACUUUAAACUCAGCAUCUCCUCUAAUGAUUUCCCACAGGAGCACGCUCACUUCACAUGGACUGGUACGGUGACCAUUGUGAUAUAGCCUAUACAGAUCCCUGAGAACUGGACAUUACUGAACAUAACUGAAACAGUGAGAACAAGUGAGAAGAAAAGAACAGAAAACAGAGGAAUACAUUUGUUCACUUAGAAAGGCAGCAAUGGAUCCGAUUGUUGAGGUUGUAGCACUAAUGCUGGGAUUUGCCAGCUGGGUGAUGGUUGGAGUCGCCAUACCGAACCGCUACUGGAAAACCUCCACUGUGGACGGGAAUGUGAUCACCACUUCGACUUUAUAUGAAAAUCUGUGGAUGUCUUGUGCCACUGAUUCCACUGGAGUUCACAACUGCCGCGAGUUUCCCUCCCUUCUCGCACUGUCUGGAUAUCUCCAGGCUUCUAGGGCCCUUAUGAUUGCCUCUGUAGUGCUGGGGACCUUUGGGCUUGUGGCUGCUCUUAUAGGCAUACAGUGCUGUAAAGCAGGAGGAGAAAACUAUGAGCUGAAGGGCAAAAUCGCAGCCACAGGGGGCGUCUUCUUCAUCCUACAAGGCUUGUGCACCAUGAUCUCAGUGUCAUGGUAUGCAUUUAACAUCACUCAGGAAUUUUUCAACCCAAUCUACCCAGGGACAAAGUAUGAGUUAGGAGAGGGUCUCUACAUUGGAUGGUGUUCUGGAACUCUUGCCAUCUGUGGUGGAGUGUGCCUAGUGUUUGCCUGCAAAUCUAGUACAGAGGACAGCAAGUCUGCUUACCCCUACCAACCCUCCAGAGGAACAGUAUACUCAGGAGCUGCAUCACGAAGAGACGCAGCAAGCACUUACGACAAGAACGCCUACGUCUGAUCAAAGCCCACUUGUCUGUUGAUUUAUACUCUAUGUUCAUUCCUUCUCAGUGCACAUAUGUAAAUAUUUUAUUUUAACUAGACUUUUAGACAGAUCUAAUCACACAGACCAAAUUUAGACAUAUUAUACCAUAGCCUUUAAAUCUGUUGUACAGAAGAUUCCUUUUAAAUACUGAAACUUUUAUAAAGAUUUAACAAUUUUGGUACACUCAAUUACACUAUGUAAAUGAUUAUUGAUGGUUUUAUAAGGGUUUUAUAAGAACUGUUUUCCACAGGGUAUAUGAAUAAUUGCUGUCGAUUGUGAUAUUGAAGCACAUUUGCAUAAAUUAAGGUCAAAAUACAUACUGUUGUGUGUUUGUUCAUGAUGUUGGCCUGUGGUUACUAUAACUCAAGUGUUCAAUAAAAUGAAUAUAAAGUGA